UCUGGUGAAAAGGAAAUCAAACAUAAUAUUCUGGAUUUUUCUCAUCUGAUGUUUUUCGGUUUGUUUGUUUUGUGUUGAUUGCAUUUGAAUGAAUCUUGGUUUUUAGGUUUCCAAAACAACUGACGAAUAUUUCAUUUUAUACCGGUAUAUUUUUCCGAUUAAAAUUGAAACAAUAUUGGCCUAAUUGAUUUAAAAAAAAAGAUACGAUCAUUUUGAUUGUUCAUAUUAAUACGUAGAAGGAAAAAUUUUUGAAACCAAAAUGAUGAACAUUACCGAAAGCCUUAGUCCCUUUGUUUAUUGGGGACAAACAUCCGAUUCAAUUACAUUGAUUAUCGAUUUGAAAAAUGUUAAAUCACCAGUUAUUGAUCUCAAAGAUAAAAGUUUAUACUUUUUUGCAGUUGGUGUUGGAGCUAAAGGUUUGAAUGAAUAUUCCAUUUCGGUUGCACUCCAUUCUGAAGUCGUUCCAGAGAAAAGUUUUUAUAAAAUAUCCGAUCGAAAUGUUGAAUUUGUACUUCGAAAAAAGAUGAUGAUUUCAUGGCCAAGAUUAUUAGAAUCAUCAAUUAAACCACAAUGGCUUAAAGUUGAUUUUGAUCGUAUCAAACAACAAGAUUUUGAUACAACAUCCGAAGAUAGCGAAAUGGAAGAAUUAAAUAAUCAAACAAAUCGUCUUCCACGAAUGUACAAAGAUAGAAAUUUCGGACGUGGAAGAAAGAAUCGAGUACAAGAUUUUAAAACAGCAUAUUUGUUUCUUUACAAUUUAUUUCAAUUUGUGGGCUACAUCUAUAUAUUUGUUAUAUUUUUUAUUCAUUACAUUAAAGAAGGUCCAGAAACUAUACAAACCAUUUAUCCAUCCUUAAGAAAUCCUAUAAAAUUUUUAAAUCUUAUGCAAAUUUUAGAAAUAUUACAUCCAUUAAUUGGCUACACUGAAGGUUCAGCAAUGAUGCCAUUUUUCCAAUUAUUGGGCCGAACUUUUUUCAUAUUUAUAUUGAUUGAUUAUCAUAUUGAAAUACAAUCACAUUAUGCUACAUUCUAUUUACUACUUGUUUAUACUAUUUCGGAAUUGGUUAGGUAUCCAUAUUAUAUGCUCCAUAUAUUCAAAGUAAAUAUCCGUUUUGUAACAUGGAUUCGUUACAGUGCCUGGAUGGUACUAUAUCCAUUAGGUUUCAUUUUCGAAGCCAUCAUUCUUUAUCUAAGUAUUCCAUUAUUAGAGGCAAAUGAAAAAUUUUCAAUAUUUCUACCGAAUGCAAUGAACUUCUCAUUCUACAUGCCAACAUUUUUACGGCUUUAUUUAAAUUUCACAUUAUUUCCCACGUCCUACUUUUUAAUGUCACACAUGUAUCGACGACGAACAAAAAUGCUGAGUAUUUUCAAACGAAAAAUUAACUGAAUUGAAUAAAAUUCAAUUGAAUUGUAUGUUGGAACGAUGAUCAUAAUGAUAUAAAAUAUGGAUCUAUGCAAAAAGUCAAUUCUAUAGUCAUCAGUACAUUUCUACCAUUUUCGGUGAUAAUUUCAAUUUUUUUUUCGUCAAUUCAAUCUCUGUUAACAUACGAUAAAAAUUCAUUUUGAAAAAUGAAUGUAAAGAAGCCAUUCAUCUGGAACUUUGUAUUUAAAUUUAUUAUUUUUUUCAUCUCUCAUUUAUACUAUUGUUGUUGCAUUUUAGCUUUUGCUUCUAAAUUUCAUUUUUUUAUUUGCAAAAAAAAAAUCUGU